AGGGAAGAUAAGCUUAAGUAAAUUUAACUAGAAAAACAUGCAAGAAGUGUGGUUUAUGUAAUUUUGUACGGUAGAAUAAGAACGAGGUAGUUCCAAAAGUUGCCACCAGGGUUGAGUCUCUUCAGUGGUGGAAAGCAUAUUUUGCCAAAAUGACGAACCCAAAAGGUUUGCGCCGCGGUACGCGGAACAUGUUCUCUCGUGGAUACAAGAAGCGAGGAACUGAGCAUCUCUCUACCUUCUUAAGGGUAUAUAAGGUCGGAGACAUUGUUGACUUGAAGGGUAAUGGUGCUUUCCAAAAAGGUUUGGUACACAAGUGUUAUCAUGGUAAAACUGGACGAGUAUUCAAUGUUACCCAACACGCUGUCGGCGUCAUUGUCAACAAAAGAGUAAAGGGAAAAAUCCUGGCCAAGAGAUUGAACGUCCGUGUCGAGCACAUUAAGCCCUCCAGAUGCCAGGAAGACUUCAAGAAGAGGGUAAAGGAGAAUGAUCGCGUCAGGAUUGAGGCUAAGGCAAAGGGCAUCAGAGUUGCUCUGAAGAGGCAGCCAGCUGAACCUCGUCCAGCUCACAAAGUCAACAUUUCUAAUAAUAAGCCAGAAUUCUUGACGCCUCUUCCAUAUGAAUUCAUUGCUUAAAUAAAAUGAUAGUAGAA